GGGGAGGGCAUGCCGGCACACUACAUCAAGUUCAAGUAGUAUCAACAAUAUUGCUGAUCUGUGACACAGAAAGAUGAAUGCAUUCUACUUGAUAUUAUUAACAAUAAUUUUAUCUGAAACAUAUGCUGAUCGUUUAGAAUACGGCAAGGAUCCUGGCACCGUAGAACGCCAUGAAAGAAGUCCGUUCAUGUCCAACUAUCAUUACUAUGAUAAUGAUAAAGAUGGCUAUAUUAGUUGUGAGCAGGAAUGUGGUGGGAAAUUACUAGUUGAUUGUAACGAAGAACCUGGCUUGACUGAGGUAUACUGUUUCAUUAAGCCAAAGUUUGGAAACAACAAGUGUUGUGUGUCAAGCGACUGUCAUUCUAAACUUGGAGUAUGUCGAGUUAGUGAAGGUAAAAAAGAAACGAAAGUAGCAGCGACCUGUCCAGCCGGACUUUCAUGUUAUGUCAAAAGCUGUAACGGUUGUGGUGGAACAUGUAAGAGAAACGGAUGCAGUAAAAACGAAGUACCAUUUACAGGAAAAGUGUGCAAAUGUCCCAUCGGGGAAACUUGCUGCCUUAAUAACGGAUGUGCUAAGGACUAUCCAGGCAGGGGCAUAUGUAGACCCUCUGAUGACGAUUUAAACGAGCAAUGCAGAAAUAAUGAAAAAGCAAUAAGCAUGGGACCAUGUGAAAACAACUGCUGGUGUUGCAAGAGAAAACGAAAGAAGCAAAAUGGAGAGUCCGGCGAUCCUCAUUUUACAACGUUUGAUGGUUUAAGUUACGAGUUCCAUGGACCGUGUACAUAUAAACUAUUCCAGGAUUGUACCGACAAACCACGCUUUGCUGUCCAUACUGAACACAUUUCUGCAUUGGGACCCGGUCACAACAAAACUUACGUAUAUGUUGUAUGGGUCAUGUUACCACAUACUGUAAUUGAGUUACAGAAUACUGACGUAAAGGUGAAUGGCAAAUCUGUUCUACCUAUGCUACCAAUAACUGUUGACACUGAUGUUGAAAUUGGUCUUAAUAAACCAAAGAAUAAAAUUGUUGUCACGAAGCCUGGUAUGUUUUCUAUUAACUGGAAUGGUAACGGGGCUAUCAGGGCUAGGCUGGAUAAAGCAUGGUAUGGUCGGGUAUGUGGGCUACUCGGCGAUGGUGAUGGAGAGAGUGGCAAUGAUAUGAAAAUGUUGUUAUCUGAUGGAACGCUACAGCUGACAGAUGAUAUAAAUGAAUUUGGAUAUAGCUGGGAAGUACCGCAGAGCUGCAACAAGAUAAACACAGCAAAAUGACUUUUACUUGAUGACAGAGCAGUCCGCUGAAAAGUUAACCGUGAUGAGAUAUAGCUCUUGUAAUUAAUAUUAGUUGUUGCUGGAUCAGUUGUGGAAUGGAUCAUACCGACAGCAUGUUGUUUUGCUUUUAGAUUCAUAGCAAUUCUACUGAGUUUAAUGAAAUAAACAUAUCUUAAGCAUA